AUGCUUGUCAAGCUCGAUGAUUCUGAGGCGGCAGUCGCCCCUCCCAUGAUGCUCCGUAUCGUCACCCAAAAUGUUCGGUACGCUACAAAGCAUCCUACUCCCAAGGAGAAACCGUGGAGCUUUCGCGGUCCAAAACUUUGCAACCAACUGGACUUCAUCACAUCUGGUCAUGAAUCAGCUUUCAUAUGUCUCCAAGAAGUUCUGUAUUCGCAGCUCGAAGAUGUCCAGUCUUACCUCGGCUCUGCUUGGGGUCAUAUUGGGCUCGGUCGCGACGAUGGAAAGCGAAGGGGCGAGUUCUCUCCCGUGUUCUAUCAGGUUGACCGCUGGAAGUGCGAGCGAAGUAAGACACUCUGGCUGAGCAAAACGCCGGAAAAGCCAUCUAGGGGGUGGGACGCAGCACUGAACCGCGUUGUCACUGUCGGAGAGUUCCUUGACAAACAAACCGACACGAGGGUGGUUGUUAUGAGCACGCACUUCGACCACCAAGGCGUUGUGGCGCGCGAGGAAAGUGCCAAACUGCUCCUCAAAAUUGCUCAGGAGUGGGGCAAGGGUUCAAACGGCAAACCGCCAACUGCUGUUCUGCUCGCGGGCGAUUUCAACAGUACGCCCGAGGACAACGCAUACAAGACAAUGGUGGCACAAGACUCAGGAAUGGUCGAUGUUUCGACACAGGUUCCGGAAGAAAAGCGGUACGGAAACGAAAUCACCUACACUUCCUUUGAUGAGCCAAACGAAAAGCCAACGAGAAUCGACUUUCUGUUCGUCAAGAACCCAAGCCCCGUCACUAUUAGGACCUUCGGGGUGUUGUCCAACAAAUUUGACGAUGACGUCUACUUGUCCGACCACAGGCCAGUUGUCGCCGAUGUUGAGAUCCCUGUCUUGCGGACAGCAAAAUCGUCUUGA